ACAGUGGAGAGAAAUGUUUCAGAAAACAAACAGUUUCUUCCACAGAACACUACACAGUCUCAAGUCGAUGAUUCUCAGAGCAGGUAAGAAACUCUCUAGACCACAAACUCACUUCUCAUGCACAUUUUGUAGAUCAAAUUCUCUCGAUAGCAGCGACGAUUUCUAUGCAAGCUUCCUCAACAUUUGGGAGUCUGAUCUCGGAAACAGCAUUGGAGGAGGAGCUCCAUUAAAACUGGAGCAAAAGCCUCAAGAGCAUGGACAAGAUCACCAAGAGAAGAAAAUAGAAGCGUGCUCUUCACGUUCAUUAAGAGAUUGUGAUACAAUGGAGAAGAAGAUUAAGGAGAUGUAUGUGAUCGAGACAGGAGAUAUAGAGCAAGCCCUUGAUGUUGAAGAGGCACUUCAUUACUAUUCUCGUCUUCGAAGUCCUGUGUAUCUCAACAUUGUUGACAAGUUCUUAAAUGAUCUUUACGCCUGAGAUAAACACUCUUGAGCUAUUAUAGUUUGUGUUUUUCUUUUCUUUUCAGAUUCUUGAUUUGUUUUGGUUUACUACAAGUCUUUGUUCUUGUAUGUUUGAAUCAUGUUUGUGUAGCAAUAUCAUUUGACAGUGAACUUUAAAGCUCUCUU